UAGCACAAAUAGGCAACAGAAGACGCAAUCAUGCCGCACUCCGCACUUAGCCGCGCCGAAGUGGCCAAGCACAACACUGCUGAAGAUUGCUGGGUGAUCAUUGAUCAUAAAGUCUAUGAUCUCUCCGACUUCCUUGACGCCCAUCCAGGUGGAAAUGUGGUCCUGGCUCAGGUAGCCGGAAAAGAUGCCACCGUCGACUUCUACCAGCUUCAUCGCCAGGAAGUCUUGACGAAGUAUAAAGAUCUAUGCAUAGGAACCUUGGAAGGCGAGAAGCCCGAAGUCAUUGACCAGAAACCUGGAGACCUCUGUGCUGUACCGUACGCUGAGCCUUUGUGGUUGAGACCGGAGUUCAGCAGCCCGUACUUCAAGGAAAGUCAUCGUCGCCUACAGAAGGCAAUUCGCGAAUUUACCGACAAGUAUGUGACACCGGAAGCCCAACAAAAGGAGAAAGAUGGCACAUAUAUCAGCCAAGAGUUGAUUGAUCGUAUGGCGGAAACCAACAUUCUCGCUAUGAGAUUGGGUCCUGGAGAGCACCUUCACGGCCGCAAAUUGUUGGGUGGUGUCGUGGAUGGCAAGGAGUUCGAUUCCUUUCAUGAUAUGAUUGUGGUUCAGGAGAUGGUCCGAGCAAGUGCUCGAGGCUACCAAGAUGGUAACAUGGCGGGUAUGGCUAUUAGUCUUACAGCCGUGAAGCAGUGGUUGAGGAACAAGCCUUUGAGAGACCAACUACUUGAAGAAGUUCUUUCCGGCAAGAAGAAGAUGUGCCUUGCUAUCACCGAAGCUUUUGCAGGCUCCGAUGUCGCCGGUCUUCGCACAACUGCUGAAAAGACCCCUGACGGCAAGUAUUACAUUGUGAACGGAACCAAGAAAUGGAUCACAAAUGGCAUGUUCUCUGACUACUUUGUGACUGGAUGUCGCACCAAGAAAGGAUUCUCUGUGCUUUUGAUCCCCCGCGGGGAAGGUGUCGAAACCACGCUUAUCAAAACAUCUUACUCUACAGCUGCAGGAACUGCAUUUGUGCAAUACGAUAACGUCAAGGUCCCCGUCGAGAAUCUGCUCGGUGAAGAAGACAAGGGAUUCGCCGUUAUCAUGAGCAACUUCAACCACGAACGGUACAUGAUGGCAGCCGCUGUGAUUCGCAUGUCCCGUGUCAUUGUUGAAGAGUGUUUGAAGUGGAGUAAUCAACGCCUUGUAUUCAAGAAGCCACUCAUUGAGCAGCCUGUCAUUCGUCAAAAACUCGCCAAAAUGAUCUCCCAAGUUGAAGCAAAUCAAGCCUGGCUUGAAUCUCUCUCACAUCAAAUGUGCCAGAUGAGCUACGCGCAACAAGCCAAGCAUCUCGCCGGUCCCAUUGCUCUGCUCAAAUCCUAUUCAACCCAAUGCGCCGGCGAGAUCGCCAGCUCCGCCACCAACAUUUUCGGUGGCCGUGGUCUGACACAGUCUGGUAUGGGCAAGAUCAUCGAGAACUUCAAUAGAGGUUAUAAGUUUGAUGCUAUCCUCGGAGGUACAGAGGAAAUCUUGGCCGAUUUGGGUGUUAGGCAGGCCAUUAAGAAUUUCCCCAAAGCAAUGCUUUAAACCCUCCCAUCUUUUUGCCUGUUUGAUUCGAGUUAAAUUUGAUGGAAAUUGUAUAAUGUCUUUUGAAGUUCCGAGGUUCUCCCGGUACACAUUGUUUGUGUGUUCAGAUUCCAAACCAUCACCUAGUAUGGAGGGACGCCUGAGGUUGUGAUAAGGCUUGGAUUUAUGAUACAGUUGCAUGCACAUAUUUCAAUUCUAUAUUGACUGGUUAGGAAUCAAAGAAGACAAAUGUACAAUAUAUGAUUCCAUUUUCGACAUAACGCUAACGCCCGACCCAAUGCCAUAAACACAAUGUAGGCAACAAAAAACUAAAUAAAAAGAAAGAAAAGACUUUUUUUCUUUGACGGACUCGAUAUCUACUUCUUUGACUUUUUGGUCUUCUUCGAUUUCGUUGAUGAAGGUGAAGAAGAAGCAGCAGCAGCAGCAGCAGUAGCAUCUACGGCUGAUUUCUCUUCCUGGGCUUCAGUAGACUUUUUUUCCUUCUUGGAACCCUUCUUCUUUUCUGUACCCUGCUCUUCUAUAGAUGGCUCCUUUUCUGAUGCAGAAUCAGAAGUGGAGUCCUGUUUCUUUGCUUUGUUUCCAUCUUUCCUUGCCUUCUCCAAGACGGCCUUUGGGUUGAUACCCUUCCUCCUGAGCCGGUUACGUUCAGCACGGGCAAUGAUUUCCGCAUCCUCUUCCUCCUCGAAAGGACCAAAGGCAUCUUCUCCGAUAGCGUUGCCGUUCUCAUCCAUGAUAGGUGUUUUAUCAAUGAUCUCAGCAUCGUUAUCACCCGCCUCUGAUGCCGAUUUGUUGGAUUUCGUGUCUCCAGUUUCAUCAGCGACAACGCCAUUCUUUUUGCUGGCACCGGGACUGGGACCAGUCUUCUUCAGUUUACAGACGAAGAAACCGUCGACGUUCUCCCUGUGUGGGAAAUAGCGUCUAGUCAAAGUCAUUUUCUCGUCGAACUUCUUACCCAUGUAGCUUGUGAAGCCCUCUGAACCGAAGCUUCCAAGACCGGUGUCCACGAUCUUGACAUUCGGGCGUUUGCGUAGGACAUACUGAACAACCUGUUCAUUCUCUUCAACAGUGACACUACAUGUCGAAUACACAAUGUAACCGCCCGUCUUGGAGUGAUGGUCCGUCGAGUCGAUGGCAGCAAGCAGAAGUUGUCGUUGCAGAUGGGGAAUAGCCAGGAAAUCGCGUUCUGUCUUGUUCGUCUUCACACUAGGAUCCUUCGAUAUAACGCCGGUACCGGUACAUGGAGCGUCAAGCAGGACUCGGUCAAAGCCACCGAGAAUCUUUGGGAAAGCCUCUUGAGCAUUAUAGUUGCAGACGAUAGUAUUCUUGCAACCAAGACGAUGGAUGUUACCAAUCAAACCCUUAGUACGGGCUUUG